GCUCUGCUCCGCCUUCGCGGCAGGCAACCAUCCGAUCCACCACCCGGCAGCGACGCCAUUCUCGCCUCCCCAAACCCCCUAUAAAAUCCCUCACACCCCGCGCGUUCUCCACUCACUCACACAGCACAAGAAGCAAGCUCGAUCGCCGGGCCCCUUCGUCCACCUCCACCACCACACAUCUCACCACAGUCAGAGCGACCGCUUCGGCCAUGGCCCGGCGGGUGUCGUCCCUACUGCUGCUGCUGCUGCUGGGCGCGCUGGCGGCGGCGGCGGCGGCCAGCUUCGACCAGGAUUUCGACAUCACCUGGGGCGACGGCCGCGGCAAGAUCCAGGACGGCGGCCGCCUCCUCACGCUCACGCUCGACCGCACCUCCGGCUCCGGCUUCCAGUCCAGGCGAGAGUACCUCUUCGGCAAGAUCGACAUGCAGAUCAAGCUCGUCCCCGGCAACUCCGCCGGCACCGUCACCGCCUACUACCUCUCGUCGCAGGGGAGCACCCACGACGAGAUCGACUUCGAGUUCCUGGGCAACGUCACCGGCGAGCCCUACACGCUGCACACCAACGUGUUCACGCAGGGGCAGGGCCAGCGCGAGCAGCAGUUCCGCCUCUGGUUCGACCCCACCACCGACUUCCACACCUACUCCAUCCUCUGGAACCCCAAGCACAUCAUCUUCAUGGUGGACGACCUGCCCAUCAGGGACUUCCGGAACCUGGAGAGCAAGGGGAUCGCGUUCCCCAAGAGCCAGCCCAUGCGCCUCUACUCCAGCCUCUGGAACGCUGACGACUGGGCCACGCAGGGCGGGCGCGUCAAGACGGACUGGUCCCACGCGCCCUUCUCCGCCUCCUACCGGGGCUUCUGGGCCGACGCCUGCGUCGCCGUCGCCGGCGGAAAGACCCGCUGCGGCGCCGCCGUCGGCACCGAGCGCGCCGCCGCCCCCGCCGGCGACUGGUACAACCAGGAGCUCGACCUCACCCUGCAGCAGCGCAUGCGCUGGGUGCAGCGCAAGUACAUGAUCUACAACUACUGCACCGACCCCAAGCGAUACCCGCAGGGCCUCCCCGCCGAGUGCUCCAUGCAGCAGUAGCCCACCUGUCCACCAUUCCCAACCGCGCGCGUCGAGCUCCAUCGGCUGCAAUGGCGGAUAGAUCAUCAUCGGCGUCGGUCUCAUCUUCUGUGGGGUAAAUAAAUAAGGACCUGGCAAAUUCGAUCGUGGGACCUGUAAUGCAUAUGCAGUAGCUGGUGGUAAAUUCUUCCUGUCUUGUCUGUAGCCUGUCGCCUCUGUUCUGUUCGUGUCGCCUUGUAAUUGUAACCAACUCGCCGUGUUCGUGGCCGUCUGUAAUAUACCGAAAGCCAUACGUACGUGGUCUUCACCUGCUGCUUC